UCUGCUCGUGCGGGUCUCAGCUCACUGCUGCCAGAGGUCAAGGAGCUCUUCCUGGAAGCAGCUCAGAACAACUCGGACAGCAUCGACCCAGAUCUACAGACAGGCCUCGGGGUGCUCUUCAACCUACCUAACCUCAGCGGAGAGUUCAACAAAGCUGUGGAGGCUUUCAAUACGGCCCUGUCAGUGCGGCCCGAGGACUAUUUGUUGUGGAAUCGCCUCGGCGCUACACUUGCCAACGGGAACCGGAGUGAAGAGGCAGUGGAGGCUUAUACGCGAGCCCUCGAGCUCCAUCCGGGGUUUAUCAGGUCCCGCUACAACCUGGGCAUCAGCUGCAUUAACCUGGGGGCCCACAGAGAGGCGGCCAGUAACUUCCUGACGGCUUUAAGUCUCCAGAGGAAAACCCAGAGUGGCCAGCAGUCCAAUCAGGUGAUGUCAGGCAACAUCUGGGCAGCUCUGAGGAUAGCGUUAUCCAUGAUGGACCAACCCGAACUCUUCCAGGCUGCAAACAUUGGCGACCUGGAUCUCCUGAUGCGGGCCUUUAACUUGGAUAUUUGAGGAGGAGCCGUUGGAGCGUGCUCCAUCGCUUAUUCUUUGAUUUCUACCAGGAGGCCAAAAGCCCAAAGUGCACAAGUUUGAGUCAGCACACAGCCAUGUGUGUCAAGUUUCAGCACAUCAAAAUGAACUAAAAAAAGGUCAAACCCCGUCAUGUUUUCUUGCCCUAAAUUUCUUCUUGAGCAGUGUGGAGGGCCGGUUCUUCCAAGGUUUUGGAUAGACUGCUUAGUGAUGGAAUUUGCGCUGCAAUUUGCAAUUUCCCUAAAGAGCACAAGGACGGGCAAAGAUUGCUCGAGCAAUGCCUUAGAGGAUGCAUCAAUUAAAAACUGACUCAUGCGGUGGAACAGAGGUGAGCCAGGAGUGACAGCCAGCUUUAAGACUCCCACAGAGGAACCCUCACAAGCCAUUUGCAGCAGAAAAUAUGAGGUUUUGAGAGGAUGAGCUGUUGACUCAGGACCGUCUCUCCUCUUCUCUGACGGAUGGAUCCAUCGAGCGAACAAGAAAGGCUGCACCCUGUAAACCGGAGCUCCAUAUUGUCUUCCUGGCUUCAUCCUCUCUCAAUGGAGACUUAUUACUCUGCAUUAAAAAAAAAAUCAAGAAAUGGAUAAAUUAACAUACUUAUAGAAGUUUUCCCUUUGCACUUUUAGAUGACUUCCUCGAUCCAAGUAGAAUGUGCAACCCAGGUUGUCAAGCCUUACUAAGAUGCAUGUGUCCAACCUUAUUUAUUUACACUAUUUUUUAUGGCAGCAAGGAACUAAAAUAUAUCCAAGCUAUUUUCAGACCGGUUUAAAUUUCCUAGCAUAAGUGCUGUUCUCAGAACUUGUAAGAUUUCUGAUCUGUUGAUUUCCGUUUGCCUGUUUAUAUAUUUAUGCAGCUGUUGUGUAAUAUUUGCUCCCUUUAUGCUGACUGGCUGGGAGAAUGCACACCAUGCCUGGGUAAUAUUGAUUUGAACAGUGGUUUUGAACUUUUCUCAGAGGGGGGGGUAUGGUAAUAUUUCUAAAAAUAUCUCUCCUCUCCGAGGCCCCAACAAAGAAAAGCCUAAUUUUUUAUUUAUGCUGACUGUAUUCAUUUGGAUACAGCAUAUUAACAUUAGAUAAAAAGAUUUGUAUUUGCAAGCCAAGGCCCGAGACAGCAGCUUGAUGAAUUUCCUUAAUUCAGUCGUUUGUAUGUUUGCUGCUCCUCCACCGGCAGCCAAGCUCAUUCGUUUAAUGAAAUCAGUUACCCUCAUUUUCAUGAUUUCAAUAUUUAUAGAGGGUUGUUUAAACGGUUGCGCACAUUUGUUUGUUUGCUUUUACCUCAUUAAUAUGCAUAUGCAAUAGACAUGAUUAAUAAAUACACGUUAUUCAUAAAAUCCUAAUAAAUAUAAACAGCACCGGUGAUCCUGCUUACGAUAAAUACUUUUGCAGCACCUCAGAAUAUUUUUUAUAAACUUUUUUUUUUUAGCUGUCAGCUUCCUUUUGGGACCCACUUUGAAAGUUGGCGUGUGAGCUGAACAUCAUGCAGCUUGCCACGCGGCAGAGUGAAUGAUAGAUUAUCUGCUGCACAGUAUGGCUCACUUAUCAGCAGUGUCCACCGUCUGAGUGCGCUGCAGAAAGCGUUUUUUUUUGUUUUUUUUUAUUGUCGGCUCCUAUGCAAAAGGUCAUGUUUCAUGUUUGUCCCCGUCUGCCUCAGUGGACCAAAGGGAAGUGUUGAUUCUGUGUUUUGAAUGAAUGCUAUCAGCGGGGACCAGAGACCAAUACCAGAACCAUUCAUCUUCCAAACGCUGCAGCUGGGAUGACACACUCUGUGUUAGAAGGAGUGUUUUAUCAGGCGGCUGGGGGAGAACAAACACAAACCGGCUGAAGUGCAGCACUGACACUAUGAAUCUGUGACAUAGUCAUGCAUAUUUGGCUGCAGCUGCACACACAAAAUUCAUCACCGUUCCCUCUGACAUGCCAGCUCACUUUUCUCUUUGUUUGGAGAAGUAUUCGUUCGUGUCACGUUUCUACAACCACAAGCUUCAACGUAUCUUACUGGAAUUGUUAUGAAUCAGUGACACAAAAAUGCAUAGUUGGGAAGUGGAAGAAAACUGAUAGACAGUUUCCUUCUUUUUUUUCUUCCAAAAAGAAAAUCAGAAAACUUUGACAUGCAUUUGUGUGUGGUGGUAAGGAAACACCAAAAAAACAUGCAGAAUAGUGGGUUUUAAGGAAAAUGACUUAAACCACUCUUACCAUAUCUUGGUAGUUUUCCAGCUGCGUUACACUCGUUCACAAUCUGGUUGAUUAAUUGAACAAUUCUCCAUAAGAUGUUUAAAGCUUAGGACAUUACCUAUUUUAACCUUGCCCUGCUUUCAGCUUUUCCACCUCAUCCUAGACCUAUUUUUUAUGAUGCUGUUUGUUCACUAAUGUUUUCUAACGAACAUCUGAGACCUUUACAAAGUUAUUGCAAAUGCAUGUAUCACCUUUUAAAUUUUUAUUUGUGGAAAAAAGAAAAUUGUAUAUUGUUGUCAUUCCACUUCACCAUCAACCAGUGGCAGUAUUCACAAAGAUUCUCAGAGUCCUCUCAGAGAGCUCCUUUCUUAGCCUAAAAAGUCCUACCUAGGUGUCUCAGAUUAAGAGUGAUUCAGAAAGCUGCUGAGAGCAACUGAGUAAAGAAUUUACAGACAUUUUUAUCUUAGUCAGGAGGUGUGAUUGACCCCAUUUCUAGGCGUGAUGCUGUCUUUUAAGACCUGUGAUUGGUUUAUAGGACAAGAAGAAAAAACACAGUUUUGUUCCUAGUAAUCAAAAGACAGGAAUGAACCAUUUAGACUGGAUUAUGAAAUGUGUGACAUGAUGAAAGUAAAUUAAAUUAAUUGUCACACAGCAAUAAAAUGCCUGUGACCACACCUUAUUUACAUCCUCGUUAUUUUUGAUUUGCCUCAUGCAAUGUUUACUCAGCAGUCAUUUUACUACUUUAUAUAUUUGAUAUUAAUGAACACUCACCAGUGAUUGUAACCAAAUAGUCACCAUUUUACUGAGAUUAUCUGCUACUAUUUGGCAAAGUGACAUAAAAUGGAGACAAAGGGUGCAAAAAAACAAACUGGACAGCAGCGCCUCUGUCCAUACAGCUCUGGGCGGAGAAUAGAGUGUUGAAAGGUAAAUUAGUCCCUGGAUCACAGGGCAAAUACAAUGACAUUGAAGUGUAUUGUCGCAGAUCUACACAUCUUUUUCUCUGUGCAUCUUGGUGCUUUUACGCAGCAGUGAGAAGCACUGCAGCAAUCAAAAGUAAGAGGAAGGGAUCGCACAAGUGAACUUCUAGAUGACCGUUUAGGCUACUGACAUAAUGAAAUACAGAAAAUAUUUUCUCACUUUUUUAAUGUGUAUAUUUUGUAAAUUUCUCCAUUUUUAAUUCAUGAUUAUUCAAUAUUUUUCCUAUGAUUAAGUUACUAGAGCUGCACCUGUAACCCAUCGGGUCACUGAAACUAAUGAAUUUCCCCCUGUAGGGAUGAUAAAGUUUAUCUUACCUACAUACUAAUAAUUGUGUCAAUGUUAAAGAAGUUUAUGUGCUCAUUUCCUCCACUGGUUAGCUCUCUCUGUUUGUGCCAUUGUCCCUGCUUACAGACUGGCUAAAGGUCCUCCUCAAUACUAACGUUUUGUUUUUCACUUUAGGAGCUCACUUAAGACCUAAGAUGCUUUGUGAAUCACUUUUAUUUCAUCGAGGCAAAAUUCUAAGAAAAAAAUCUUAGAAUAAGGGAAAUUCUAAAAUGUUUCCUAAAAUGAUGUGACUAAGAGCUACUUUUAGUCUCAGGACUCUUUGUGAAUACGGGCACAGUACUGUCCCCACAGGUUAAUGCUCCUAUGGCAGGUUGUCUGGUUUUAUUGUAGUUUUGAUCUUAUCGUGGUUGUCUGCACAUUAGGAUUAUCUACAAACUGCUGGAGUAAAUGAGAUUAUCAGUAGUUUCUGGUGCGCUGAACGACUACUAUUAUGCAUUUUCUUUUCGUUGCAUAAAUUUGUCUAUUUUUUUGUGCAUCCAAAAUCACCCCAAAUUAAAUUAUUCUCACAAACUCCCCCCAGCUGCCUGAAAUGUUAUAAUGUUGCUUUAGUUAUAGCCUUUCCUCCUUCACUCAUUGAAAUGAUCAUGGGAUACAUUUACCCAGCGCUUUGUUGGCAAAGUCCAGUGCAGCUUACUUCUAAAACAAAACAGUUCUGCCAAUUUAGAGCUAAUUAACUCCUUAAUGACUGCAGAAAGUGAAACAUAGUCCUUUAAAAUUAAAUUUAGUUCAAAACCAUUUCUUUAGUUCAGUACGUUAAUUCUCUUAAAACGUUCUGUUCUAGAGAUGGUCGAAAGAUUCUGGCUCCAGAAAUGUUCUCGCUCUAAGCUCUCACAUACAAAUGAUCAAAAAUGAUUACAGAUGUCAAUGGAUAUCCUCCAUUACAUCCUCCAGUGGUCGUCUCAGGUGGAAAUUUCCUGAAAGCAAACUUACAAAAGUCAGAUGUCAUGUACGCGCUGCUGUUACUGUCCGCUGGGUUGUGUUUGUUGAGCACAGUGUCCAGUCCUAGACAAGCCUCUGUCCGUCUUCAUCCUGUGUCUUUGUUGUUAUAACCUUCUUAAUUACUUUUAGAAAAGAAAAACGUUCUUCAAAAUUAUUUUAUAAACACAACCUGUUUCCGUUUGUCCUCCAUUUCAACAGAACUGUAGAAAACUUGAUGUCUGGUAAUUUUGUUAAUUUUAAAUCAGUUUCAGUUUACCAGUGGUUUUGGGUGUUAAAUUUUUUUAAAUCUGUAAAUGUGCUGAAAUGGAAAAAAAAAAAAAAAACAAGACAACUUUAAGCUGCCAGCUUAAAGUCCAGACUUUUUUAGGAUUAACUACCUUCUCAGGUGAACUGAAGUAGCUUAGCGCAUGCUCCUGAGGUACAUCACAAGGCCGAUAGCAUGUUUGUUAUGGCACAGAAUGACACUCUCAUUUUAAUGCAUGCAAGUGCUUACUUUUGCUAUCACUAAUAUAAAUACAUAUAUAUACAAUUUAAGCACAUGAAGAAGUUCCCUUUCAAUAUUUCUGCAAUAUACUGCAACCGUAGCAUUAAAACAAUAUUUAUAUAUUCAGUGUUUGUUAAACACAAGGUUUGCUUUGUGGCAUAUAAGACAACAUGUGCAGGACUCCAGCAAAACAAUGAGGAUAAGGAAAAAAACAUGUAAUUUUAUUAAAAAAAAAAAAAUUAAAAAAAUCUAGGCUUAAAUUAUAGUUUCCUGAUACAACCGGCGAUCACAGUUGGUUAUUAUCUUGAAAUUUUUAAAAUACAUCUAAUUAUUAACACGCUGGUAGUUGCCGUAGUCACCCGGACCUAUGAAACUCUACUUUUGCCGCCGUUUCUUUCUUAUCCUGCCAUGUUUGUUGGCAUAUCUAAAACUACUUUUUACAUUUCUAUAAGUUUUGCAUGUUGCUAAUUAUGUGCCCCCAUUUGGUAUAGUGCGAGCAUAUUGGGAUGAAGGAUAUAAGUUGCUGUUACGGUGAUGUCAAUGUCUGUUUUUUUUUUCCCCACCCUUAUCGAUUGUUAGUCCAUCUGGGGAGGAGAGUUCUAAUGCGCUAUAUGCAGUCAUUGAGUGCCCCUAAGUGGUCAAAAGUAAUUAUCUGAAUUUUAUCAGAAACUGAGUCCUACAGUUAAGCUGUUGGAGCCACUUGAACCCUUCUGCAUGGUGUAGCGUAAGAUUACUAACCUUAUCUCGUCAUUGCUGCAACAUUUGAGUACCAUUUAUAUUGAGUUUGCAGCAGUAGUGCCUAGGUGUGGUGUUGUUGGCAUCCCUUUUUUGCAAUGAUCGUGAGAGAUUCUUUUAACCCAUAAAAAAACAACUCUCUGGCAGCUUUGUUUAGCUGCAGAUAAAAUUACAAGUUACAGUAUCAGAUGAGCAGAAAGUAGUGUUUUAAAGCCACCAUUUGAGAAAAACAAAGCAGAUAUGCAAUAGUUUGCACAAGGGUAUAAGGAUUCAAAAUUGUUGUGCUAAAUAUGAAGUAAAAAUGCAAAUCAAUUUAUUAGAACUAUUUGAAAUUGUGAUUUCAGCUCCAUUUACAGCUAUAAUCAUUUGGGGCUUGUUCUGUAAUCUGAAUUAAGGUUACAUGUUGAAACAGCUCUAUUUUAUGAUGCUGUUCAUAUCAAGAGCAAAAGUUUGUAAACGACUAUGUAACUGGGAUAAAAUAAAUUGUCAAGAUGUCAAGAAAACACAUUUGAAA